AUGAUGCGCGAGCGCGCGCGCGGGCUCUGGGCGCUGCUGCUCGUUGCGCUGGCGGCGGCGGCGGCGGCGCCCGGGGCGGUGCUGGCGCAGGGGAACCUGACGUCGCGGUCGGAUCUCGUUGGGCUGUACGCGCUGCGGGGCUCGCUCGGCCUCAGGGCGCGGGACUGGCCACGGCAUGCGGACCCGUGCACGGCGUGGGCGGGCGUCGGCUGCCGCGCCGGCCGCGUCGUCUCGCUCAACCUCGUCGGGCUGCGGCGCACGCGGCUGGGCCGCCUGUCGCCGCGCUUCGACGUCGACGGGCUGCGCAACCUCACGCGGCUCGAGGCCUUCAACGCCGCGGGCUUCGGGCUCCCCGGCUCCAUCCCGGCGUGGCUAGGCGCCGGGCUCGCGCCCACUUUCCAGUCCCUCGACAUCUCCGUCUGCGCCGUCUCCGGAGAGAUCCCGGCCUCCGCGCUCGUCGGCCUCGGCAACCUCACCACCCUCAACUUCGCAGGCAACCAACUGUCUGGGCAACUGCCGGCCACCGCGCUCUCGAGGCUCACGCGGCUCAGGACCCUCAACCUCUCGGGCAAUGCGUUUUCGGGCGCCCUGCCCGACGCGGUCUGGUCGCUCCCGGGGCUCAGCGUUCUGGACGUGUCUCGUAACAACCUCACCGGCGCAUUGCCCACGGCAGGGCUUGCGCUGCCAGCCAAUGUGCAGGUGGUGGAUCUGUCAAGGAAUUUCUUCUAUGACGUCGUGCCAGAGACCUUUCGCCGGCUGUUCGCCCAGGUGCUGCUGGCCAAUAUUUCUGGGAACUACUUCGACGGCAAGCUAGGAGUGUCCGAUGGCGGCGGCGGCAAUGUUUCGUUUCAGUUGAAUUGCUUUCUUGACGUUCUGGGACAGCGUACCCAGGCUGAUUGCCAGCAGUUUUAUGCCAGGCGUGGUUUGGCAUAUGAUGGUCCAGUUAUCCCACCCGCACCACAGCCUGCAUCAUCAUCGGCAAGGAAGAAGCACAAUAAUCUGAAGUACAUACUGAUCGGGGCCAUUGGUGGAGGCCUCCUGCUGAUAGCCGUGGUUGCAGCCAUUGUGUUCUGCUUUGUGUGUUCUGGGAGGACAGGGAGGAGGAAUGAUCAGAGGGAAAGUGGGGCAUCACCAAGUGCACCAUCGGGAGUGUCAGCUACCGGCACAGCUGCUGCUACUGGUGGCACACAGCCUUCUGCAUUGUCCGCAAACACGGCAAAAGUCGGCGAUUCAUUUGCUUACGACCAACUUGCCAAUGCCACCUCGGGAUUUGGGGAAGAGAGGCUCAUCAAGCACGGUCACUCAGGUGAUCUAUACCAUGGUGUUCUCCAAGACGGUACUGCCGUGGUGGUGAAGAGGAUCACUUCGCGCGUGGCUCGGAAGGAUGCAUAUCUGGCAGAAUUAGAUUUGUUUACGAAAGGAUUGCAUGAAAGGCUGGUUCCUUUCCUGGGGCACUGCCUUGAUAAAGAAGAAGAAAAGGUUCUUGUGUAUAGGUUUGUCCGAAAUGGUGAUCUGUCCAGUGCACUGUACAGAAAGUCAAGGGAGGAAGAUGAGGGCAUGCAAUCUUUGGACUGGAUAAAGAGGCUGAAGAUUGCAACGGGUGUAGCUGAGGCUCUUUGCUAUCUGCAUCAUGAGUGUUCUCCACCAAUGGUUCACAGGGAUGUGCAAGCCAGCAGUGUCCUUCUUGAUGAUAAAUUUGAUGUGCGCCUUGGUAGCUUGAGUGAGGUGUGUCCUCAAGAAGGGGAAGGUCACCAAAAUGUAAUCACAAAGCUGUUAAGAUUUUCUUCGACGGCAGAUCAAGGUUCUUCUGGUUCCCCAUCUGCAACUUGCCCAUAUGAUGUCUAUUGCUUUGGAAAAGUUUUACUGGAGCUGGUGACAGGGAGACUUGGUAUCAGUGCAUCAAAUGAUGCUGCCACAAGCGAUUGGCUUGAUGCCACCCUGCGGUACGUCAAUAUUUACGAGAAGGAGCUUAUGGGCAAGAUCAUUGAUCCAACGCUUAUCAUUGAUGAGGACCAUCUGGAGGAAGUCUGGGCAAUGGCGAUUGUUGCCAAGUCCUGCUUGAAUCCUCGGUCUUCUAAACGCCCACCGAUGAAGUACAUCCUAAAAGCACUAGAGAACCCUUUGAAGGUGGUGAGAGAAGAUAAUGGCAAUAGCUCGGCCAGGUUGAGAGCAACAUCGUCACGGGGUUCAUGGAACGCUGCACUCUUUGGGAGUUGGCGGCAUAGCUCGUCUGAUAUAGGUCCUUCUAGGGACGACAACAUUCUGAAACGUUCAGAGACAAUCAAAUCGUCUGGCGGGAGCAAUGGGGAUCAUUCUUCCUCCCGCAGGAGGCAAUCCAAGGAGAUCUUCCCCGAGCCGUCCGGCUCUCGUGACACCGAGGAUUAA